AAUUUCUCAUCCUCAAUCAAAUACAGAGCCAUCAUCACCAACCAAUUCAAUCCCCACGGAAUUAAUACUGGGCACUUUAGCUCUCCAUAGUAAAGCGCACGGGCCUCUUCCACCAAAAAGCCAAACUACACACACCUCAAACGCCAUAAACUCAAAUCUCUAGCUCCCACUUCUUCAUCUCUUCGCAAGCGGGAUCCCUCUCUUCCCUCUUUUGUUCCGCCAACAUGGCAAGCUUUCCCAACCUUAGGAGGCUAUUCAUCGAGGCCCGAACAGAAGAUGAAGAGAGGAACAUUUCCAGAAAAGCCUUUUAUCAUGCUGUUUUGUUCAUGGGGUCUGUUGCCGUCUUCAGUCUGAUUGCGCAGAGGCUCAAUGCCGGAAAAUGAAUCAUCUCGUUAUACAGCCAGCCAGUCAUCAAUU